CCCCCGCUGUGGGUCCCUUUCAGAUUGAACCAUGAUUCCGGUGACAGAGCUCCGCUACUUUGCGGACACGCAGCCCGCCUACCGGAUCCUGAAGCCGUGGUGGGAUGUGUUCACUGACUACAUCUCCAUCGUCAUGCUGAUGAUUGCAGUCUUUGGAGGCACGCUGCAGGUCACCCAGGACAAGAUGAUCUGCCUGCCUUGUAAGUGGGUCACCAAGGACUCCUGUAACGACUCGUUCCGGGGCUGGGCUGCUUCUGGCCCAGAGCCCACGUACCCAAACUCCACGAUCCUGCCACCCCCUGAGGCAGGCCCCACGGGCAUCAAGUACGACCUGGACCGGCACCAGUACAAUUAUGUGGAUGCCGUGUGCUAUGAGAACCGCCUGCACUGGUUUGCCAAGUACUUCCCCUACCUGGUGCUUCUGCACACGCUCAUCUUCCUGGCCUGCAGCAACUUCUGGUUUAAGUUCCCACGCACCAGCUCGAAGCUGGAGCACUUUGUGUCUAUCCUGCUCAAGUGCUUUGACUCCCCUUGGACCACGCGGGCCCUGUCAGAGACAGUGGUAGAGGAGAGUGACCCCAAGCCGGCCUUCAGCAAGAUGAAUGGCUCCAUGGACAAGAAGUCAUCGACGGUCAGCGAGGACGUGGAGGCCACUGUGCCCAUGCUGCAGCGGACCAAGUCCCGUAUCGAGCAGGGCAUCGUGGACCGCUCGGAGACAGGUGUGCUGGAUAAGAAGGAGGGGGAGCAGGCCAAGGCACUGUUUGAGAAGGUGAAGAAGUUUCGGACCCACGUGGAGGAGGGGGACAUCGUGUACCGUCUCUACAUGCGGCAGACCAUCAUCAAGGUGAUCAAGUUCAUCCUCAUCAUCUGCUACACCGUCUACUACGUGCACAACAUCAAGUUCGACGUGGACUGCACCGUGGACAUAGAGAGCCUGACAGGCUACCGCACCUACCGGUGCGCCCACCCACUGGCCACUCUCUUCAAGAUCCUGGCGUCCUUCUACAUCAGCCUGGUCAUCUUCUACGGCCUCAUCUGCAUGUACACGCUGUGGUGGAUGCUGCGGCGCUCGCUCAAGAAGUACUCGUUCGAGUCGAUCCGGGAGGAGAGCAGCUACAGUGACAUCCCUGACGUCAAGAACGACUUCGCCUUCAUGCUGCAUCUCAUCGACCAGUACGACCCACUCUACUCAAAGCGCUUUGCCGUCUUCCUGUCAGAGGUGAGUGAGAACAAGCUGCGGCAGCUGAACCUGAACAACGAGUGGACACUGGACAAGCUGCGGCAGCGGCUCACCAAGAACGCACAGGACAAGCUGGAGCUGCACCUGUUCAUGCUCAGCGGCAUCCCCGACACUGUGUUUGACCUGGUGGAGCUGGAGGUUCUGAAGCUGGAGCUGAUCCCCGACGUGACCAUCCCACCCAGCAUCGCCCAGCUCACGGGCCUCAAGGAGCUGUGGCUGUACCACACGGCGGCCAAGAUCGAGGCGCCCGCCCUGGCCUUCCUGCGCGAGAACCUGCGCGCACUGCACAUCAAGUUCACGGACAUCAAGGAGAUCCCGCUGUGGAUCUACAGCCUGAAGACCUUGGAGGAACUGCACCUGACAGGCAACCUGAGCGCGGAGAACAACCGCUACAUUGUGAUUGACGGGCUGCGCGAGCUCAAGCGCCUCAAGGUGCUGCGGCUCAAGAGCAACCUGAGCAAGCUGCCGCAGGUGGUCACCGACGUGGGCGUGCACCUGCAGAAGCUGUCCAUCAACAACGAGGGCACCAAGCUCAUCGUCCUCAACAGCCUCAAGAAGAUGGUGAAUCUGACCGAGCUGGAGCUGAUCCGCUGUGACCUGGAGCGCAUCCCCCACUCCAUCUUCAGCCUCCACAACCUGCAGGAGAUCGACCUCAAGGACAACAACCUCAAGACCAUCGAGGAGAUCAUCAGCUUCCAGCACCUGCACCGUCUAACCUGCCUUAAGCUGUGGUACAACCACAUCGCCUACAUCCCCAUCCAGAUCGGCAACCUCACCAACCUUGAGCGCCUCUAUCUGAACCGCAACAAGAUUGAGAAGAUCCCCACCCAGCUCUUCUACUGCCGCAAGCUGCGCUACCUGGACCUCAGCCACAACAACCUCACCCUCCUCCCCGCCGACAUUGGCCUCCUGCAGAACCUCCAGAAUCUGGCUGUCACGGCCAACCGGAUCGAGGUGCUCCCCCCAGAGCUUUUUCAGUGCCGGAAGCUGCGGACCCUGCACCUGGGCAACAACGUGCUGCAGUCACUGCCCUCACGGGUGGGCGAGCUGACCAACCUGACCCAGAUUGAGCUGCGGGGCAACCGGCUGGAGUGCCUGCCCGUGGAGCUGGGCGAGUGCCCGCUGCUGAAGCGCAGCGGCCUUGUGGUGGAGGAGGACCUGUUCAACACACUGCCGCCCGAGGUGAAGGACCGGCUCUGGCGGGCGGACAAGGAGCAGGCCUGAGCCCUGGCGGGCAGCUGCACAUGUGGCCACUGCGGGUCCUCGGCCCGCGGACCCAGAAACCCCAGGACAACCAGCCGGGCUGAGCGACAGGACAGUACCUGAGGGGCUGGCCCCUUUUCCCUCCGAGACUCCUGGCCCCCAGGGCGGGCGCCUGUGGGGACGUGAGAGACCUGUGGUCUGUCUCAGAGCGCAGUAUUUGGACAAUCAGGGCCUCCUCCCUGGAGGCUGUGUCUGCCCCAGAGGCUGAGCUGACAUCGGAGGUCCCGGGAUGCUUUCUUAGCUUCUGGUAUUUAUUUUCUCCACCUCCCGCCCCCUCCCUCCAGGUAACUUAUACAUUCCCGAGAAAGCUCAUCUCAGAUGGGAGUGUUUCAGGAAGGGUAGGCUAUGUUUCCUUUCCCUUUUUAGGGGAUGCUGCCGGCAUUUAGUGCCUCCCCUUCCCCUGACUGGAGCGGAGCAGUCCAGGGGAACCGGCUGUGGACGGUGCCCUUGUGGUACCAGGCUGGCCUCUGCUGCCAUGGCCUGUGGGAGAAAGGCCCCCAGGUGGAAAGGCUAGGCCUGGGGCUUGCCUCAUCAAUUUUAGAUUUUUUUUUUGUAAAGAAUUUUUUUUUAAGCAUUGAAAAUUGAUGGCUUGGGUAUGAAAAAGAAAAACUUUAAAAAAAAAAAAAAAGACACUAAAGGCCAGUGAGUGGGGGUCUCAGGGCAGGUGGUAGUUUCCCUUGAGCAGAGCAGCAGGACGCCGGCUUCCUGCCCCUGGAGUGUGGGCCGCAGGAUGUCUUCUGAUCUGGUGUGACCACGGUCCGGGAGCUCUGUGUGUUCCUUUCCUCUCCUGGGGCAGGGAUUGUUUUGUUUUGUUUUGUUUUUGCGUCUUGUUUCCUUUCUCCUCCAUGUGUCUUGGCAGGCACUCAUUUCUGUGGCUAUUGGCCAAAGGGAAUGUUCUGGAGCUGCCAAGAAGGGAGGAGAUUCUGGGUUGGCUAAUCCCCGGAUGAACGGUGCUCCAUCUUCCCUGUCCCCCGUCAGUGUUCAGGAGCCGAGAGGAGCUACCUCACCCAGGCUCAGCUUUCCCACCUCUUGUGUCAUGAGUUUGCCCAAUGCCAGCACCAGCCUCAGUUGCUCACGUCAGCCCUGUCCGCACCCUAUCCUUCAGAACAGAUACUUGGAGGUGGGAUCACAGGUGGGGAAGUCACCGCUAGGAGGGCAGUCUCCCCAGGUUUUGGUUCCAGUUUCUGUCCCAGGCACCUGGCACACACAACCCACUCAGCGCCUGAUGGCAGAACGCCACCUCACUUUAGAUCUGUCACUGAGGUCCCCUCCUUAGAAGUGUCCCCGCCUUAGAUCAAUCCCUCGGACACUAAGGCACCUUUUAGCGUCUCUUGUCUUAAUGAUUAUGUCCACUGUCUGUCCUUGUGUGUUUCUGCGUUGUGUCAUUGGAUGUAAUCUUCAGAAAUAAUGCACACUAGCCUCUGAUAACCGUGCAGCAAUCCGUUACACGUGGGUCUGAACUGGUAGACUCAGUCCAAAUAGCAAAUAAAUCUCAAAGUAACCCUGCAAGGUCUCCA